AUGAAGUUACAAUUGGAAACUCAUCAAAGUAAAUUGAUGCCUCUUUUGGUCCUGGACAUUGCAAUUAGCUGUCUUCAGCUUCACAAGCAGAAGGGGUGCCUGAGAAAAGGUGCCAGGCUCUUUCUCGCCUGGACAAUUCAUAAAAUUAAUUCUGCUGAAAUGGAUGAAAAAAAUGAUCCCCCAACAACUAAACCUGAAGAUGAAGUAAGUGCAGCCAGCAUUUCAGUCCAAAUGGUAUCUGCAGAAGACAAGUUGGCAAAGAGGAUUCUGGCAAGGAAAAAGCAUGACAAAUUGAAGAAAAAAGAUAAGUUGCUAUGGAAUUUUCAAAACAAAAUAAUUCUCUUUACCCUCAUUCUAUUCAUUUUAGGAGUUGUAACCUGGACAUUACUGUGGCUCUUCAUUGUUCAGGCAGAAAACAAAGAUGCACUGUAUUUUGUUGGACUGUUUCGUGUUGCCAACAUAGAAUUUCUUCCAGAAUAUAGGCAAAAAGAGUCAAAGGAAUUCCUCUCUAUGGCACAGACUGUGCAGCAUGUGAUGAACUUGGUCUACACAACUUCUUCUUUCUCCAAAUUUUAUAAGCAGUCCACUGUCUCAGAAGUCAGUAACAACAACAAUGGAGGCCUUCUUAUUCAUUUCUGGAUCGUCUUUGUGGUACCACAGGCGAAGGGGCAGGUGCUGUGUGAGGAUUGUGUGGCUGCCAUUUUAAAGGAUUCCAUCCAGACAAGUGUCAUUAACCGCACUUCGGUGGGAAGUCUUCAGGGCCUUGCAGUUGACAUGGAUUCCAUCGUCCUAAGUGCAGGUCUUCGGUCAGAUUAUUGGUCAACAACAGGAGCAGGAACAAAUUGCAUGUAUGAUCUCUAUGCUGACCGACUACACGAGCACUUUCCUCUGGAUACCCGAGCCACCUCAGAGGGAACAAUCUGCUAUUUUAAGCUUAUUGCAGCUGUGGGCCACCUUAUCCGCCUUUCAAUAGUGUCCCUUCAGAUUGGAGCAGAUAACUGCAUCACUGACUCCCUCACCAUUUAUGACUCUCUGAUGCCAAUCAAAGAUAAGGUACUCUACCGAGCCUGUGAACCAGCUGAUUCAUUGGUGUCACUUGUGUCAACAAAUAAUCUCAUGCUAGUAAUAUUUAAGGCAGCACAAGUAAAGGAGCAAAAGGAAUUCCAUGGCUAUUUUGAGGUCAUUACACAAGAAAGGUGUGGAAAAGCAAUAGAGACCAAAGAGGAAACUGGCUAUGAAGGGAGAAUCACAAGUCCAUAUUACCCAAGCUAUUAUCCUCCAAAAUGCCUGUGUGCAUGGAACUUCCAGACUCCACAGAAGAGCCUUGGUGUAGCUCUGAAGUUUCAUAACUAUACCAUUAGUGAGAAGAAUAUUAAAGGCUGUGAGCGAGGGUGGUGGAAAAUUAAUGAACGCAUGUACUGUGGUUACUAUGUGGAUCACCAAACAGUCUUCCACAUUACGAGUUCUGCUGUCAGCGUGGAGCUGCAGUGCAGCUCAAAGGUCUCUGAGAAGCCCCUGCUGGUGGAGUAUGGCAGCUAUAACAUCGGCCAGCCAUGUCCACCUGGGCAUUUCAAGUGUUCUACUGGCUUAUGCAUCCAGCAGAUGCAGCGCUGCGAUGGUGUAAACAACUGCUUCGAUGAAAGCGAUGAACUCUCUUGUGUUGUCCCUGAGUGGAACUGUAACUCCAGCUUCGCAAUCCAGGACAACUUGCUUGCCUGCAACGGAGUGAGUGACUGUGAGGAUGGAAAAGAUGAGCAGAACUGCACCCACAGUAUUCCCUGCACCAACCACACAUUCAAGUGCAGGAAUAACAUUUGCAUUAGGAAGCAAUAUGCAAGGUGUGAUGGGACUGUGGACUGUGUUGAUGGAAGUGAUGAAAGCAGCUGCAGUUGUGGCAGUAGCAAGACCAGCAAUCUGAUCUCUCGGAUUGUAGGUGGCUCAAACACCGAGGAAGGUGAAUGGCCCUGGCAGGUCAGCCUUCAUUUUGUGGGAGCUGCUUACUGUGGAGCAUCAGUGAUAUCGAAAGAAUGGCUUGUGUCUGCAGCCCACUGCUUUCAAGGGAGCAAACUGUCUGACCCCAGAGCAUGGCGUGCCCACCUGGGCAUGCAAAUGCAAGGCCGUGCCAAGUUUGUGUCGGGGGUGAGGCGGAUCAUAGUGCACGAGUACUACAACAGCAGGAACUACGACUACGACAUUGCACUGCUGCAGCUGAGCACGCCGUGGCCAGACACCAUGAGCCACCUCAUCCAGCCCAUCUGCCUGCCCCCCUCUUCCCACAAAGCCCGCCGCGGGGACAAGUGCUGGAUAACAGGUUGGGGCCAAAAGCAGGAAGCAGAUGAUGAAGGUUCAGCAGUUCUUCAGAAAGCAGAGGUAGAAAUCAUUGACCAGACAUUAUGCCAUUCCACAUACGGGAUUAUCACAGCUAGGAUGUUUUGUGCUGGGCUAUCAUCUGGGAAAAGAGAUGGGUGUAAAGGUGAUUCUGGUGGACCACUGUCAUGUCAAAGCAUUGGAGAUGGAAAAUGGUUUUUGACUGGCAUUGUGAGCUGGGGUUAUGGAUGUGGAAGACCAAAUUUCCCAGGUGUCUACACAAGAGUGUCAAAUUUUGCACCAUGGAUACACAAAUAUGUGCCUUCAGUCUUGUAA